AUACUGCUCGUCAUUAUGGCCCGAUUCCAAUUGUCUGCCCUGAAUCUCGCCACCUUGCGUCAUCCGCCCGUAAGUAGUCCGAGGUCAACUCCUGCUCUUUAAUGAUGUGCCUACGACGUGUUACCGUUCCUCCACUGUGUAGUAGGAGUGUCAGUGCGACCGAGUACCCUUUCGCUUUCCCAUCAACCGCAGUGAGACCCCAUUGCUCUCGUAGACCAGUUCCUCCACCAUCUCAGACAAAAUUCCCCCCCUCGCGCAUGAUGUUGCGAACGAGGCCAUUCGGUGAUGAUCGGGUGAUAUCAACAAUAUACUAUUAAGUUUCUCGAGACCUCAACUUCCAGCCUUUCAAAAGACUUAUAUGCAGGAUUAUAACACCAGCUUGACCAGCUAAUCCCCACGACCCCCAUCCAUCAGCUGCUCGAGGCCUCAACUUCCAGCCUUUCAGAAGACCAAAAUGCAGGUUUAAUACAUCAGCUUGACCAUCUGAUCCCCACGACCCCCACCCAAAGAAAAGAAUACGCGAUCAUAAAUUAAUUACUCACUUCGGGAUCGCACUAGAAAGAACGUGCGGACAGUCUUCAGAGGGGAUGAGAACCAUGUCCAGGUGGUGGAAGACUAUUCGAGCCUCGGUGAGUGUGGAGAUCGAAUCGUGAACAGAGCCGUACGCUUCGGUGGUGAGGAGGCGAGUUGACCAGGAGAGUCUGGUCUCUCCCUAUUCUCCAACUUCCAUCCGGCGGGACUGAAUGCGAACGCGGUUAUGCAAUCGAGGACCAUGAGCUGAACCAAACUUGCUUGCAGUGCGGUGAAGUCCGAUGCGGAUGUGGCCGGUCCGGGGAUUCUAAAAAUGGCGAUGGCGAGACGGAGAUGCUCAGAGCGGGCUUGUGCCGGCUCAGACGGAGGGGCGAAUGGCCGGCCUCGCGGGCCUGUGCCCAUGUUCGGGGCUAAUGAUGGGAAAGCGGAAAUUGAGAAGUUUGAUCUGUUGUUGGCGAGUAAGAAGUGAAUCUCCUGAUGAGGAUUGCGAGGUGGAGGUGGAGAAUCGUGGGAGUGGUUGUCGUGAUCUCAUGGAAACUGGGAAAACGGUCGUCGCUAGCGUACAACGGCGGAGACAAUUUCGUCGCGGAUUUCAUGAACCUGUUCACGGGGGAAGAGGAGGGGAGGGGUGAGAGAUCUUUGUGCAACGGGAUGCAUGGGUGCGCUUUUGUACCGAUCGAUAAGGACACUGCUGGCUGGCUGGGCCUUGUCUGUCGCGGAUUUCUGAGAGAGUAAGCCCCUGCAUUCCGUGCCGUCCUUCGGUUUUGUCAGAGUCCGGUAGCUUCGCAUUCCCGGUUCAUGAGGCGCUGGACAUUGUUGCUAGUACAUUCCGUUGCCGCUACCGCGUCAAUGGCCUUGCUGCGCUAAUUUUGGAUGGUAAAUCACGAGCUCCACAUGAUCCGAGAAAGGGGAAAAAUCUGUGACUUGGCCCUACCUGCAUUCGUGUCCUGCGCCAUGGAUUAGUGAGAACUUUUCAUCUCGUGGUCUGGAAGGAAAGGCUUUGUCGACUGUGCAUGUGGCAUUUACAGUCAUUUCCCUCCAGCGAGUCACCAUCUUCAUGGCCCGGCGAGCACAAUGUGCCUUGUGUUCCUGAGCUGUUGACUUGAGAGACAUGGUGCACAAUGUUGGGACCCAGGUGCCCGGUCGAGAUCGACUGAAUUGUAGUGCAGAUCAGAGAAAUUGAAGCUUGGAUUUCCGGAUGUUAGUAUCAGUCAGGAUGCAGCUGUGAAUCUCUUGGACUUUCAAUUUUGUUUCUUUCCUCUUCCCAACUACCAGACUCCUCUGCUACAAUCUCUUCUCUUUGGAGGUUUCGUCGGUUUAGUUUGACCCAAAAAAGAUUGGUAUGUAAGAAUGCAGUACGGUUGAGCUUCCCUGAGAGCACUGCCAUUCGUUGUAUAGUGAUAACAUCUGUGUGAGAAACAGAAUAGUGGAAAAAUUUUGAAAUUUUGGUAAAAUAGUGUCGGCAUUGAGUACUAAGCUCUGGGAAUUUCGAGAUUCUUCACGAAGUCAGCUGAAGCGCGGAUGUGCUGAGGAGUUGGGUGGAAGUAGGCUGCAGAUUUAGCAUCACGAAAGAAUUCUGAUCGAGCCGUCAGUUGCCAUUUCUGACCUUGGCUUUGGUUAGCUGUUAAGUCAGGACGCGCUUUGACAUGAUCAAAGGACGUGGUCGGAGGAAGAACAUUUCCGUAAAAUAUAGCUUCAUGAAUUGAAUCGAUCAACUGAAACUCAUCACGGAUACAUAUAGGACGACAGGGACGAGAAGUUCACUGAAUGUGGAAGGACUGUAGGUUUUGGCUGCUGAGGUGAGGCAGUGACAGGAUUUGCCCUGUCGUUGGUAUUCCUAUUCAAGAGCACUGGUCGACCAACAGCUCGGCUGGUCGAAGAAACUUGGACAGUACAACGAUUUUGUGGGCUAGCAAUAGAGCAGUCUGAGCGCAUCGGCGGGAGCAAUCAGCGGUAGAGGAAUGCAUUCAUCCCAAAUUUCAGAAUCCAGCUUCUUCUCUCCAGAGCUCUGGAUCUUUUUGUAGUUAAACCUCUGGACAGCAGGGAUGGUCAAAAGGUUUUCUGGAAUGGCCCCACUCGUUGGGCUUCGGCUCGUAUUUAUAGGACUAGUUUUGAUCUCAGGGACAAGCAUCUCAGUGGUGACGGCCCAGCUCACUCCUCCGUCUCCACUGACUUCCGCACUUCCUCCCAGAUUACAAGAUGCCCUGGAAUCGGCGCCGCCAUCAGUUUCCCGUGCCAAUAUUCGGGAUUUAAUUCCAAAGGAUAUGCUCGACAAUUUUACUCUUUCGGUCGACCAGAUUACAGCUCAGGUCGCAAACAAUUACAGUUUCUGCAUUCAAGACAUUGAGGCAGACAAGCGAAGUACAUUCGAAGUCAACCAAAAUUCGACAUUUCUACGAGAAUGCCGGGCUUUCUUAGGCGAUACCUUCGUCGAUCGGGUUUGCCAACAAAGCGAGAUAGAGUUCUAUUUUAAAAACAUAGCGUGGAUGAAAAAUCCUCCCCCGACCCCGAACUGUAAUCCCUUUUCCUGGCCAAUAGCUUGUGAGCCAGGAUGGGGUGGAUUAGAAGGCGUAAAUAGCUCUGCAUUUGUGGAUUCUGUCUAUUCACAGGGGAUAGACGGCAUCCCCUUACGGACUGUAGAUCCCCAACCUUGCUGUGCAGGAUUCUUUUGUCCCCGAGGCCUCACCUGUAUGAUGCCUUGUCCGCUUGGAGCUUAUUGUCCCCUAGCCCGUUACGAAGAAUCCAGUGGAACCUGCCAACCGUAUGGGUAUCAAAUGAGACCUGAAAGCAAUUUAGCGUGUGGUGGUGCCGAUCUUUGGUUGACUUUCCAAGACUCCCGUGGAAUAUUUUGUGAGGCGGGUUCUCAUUGCCCAACUACUACGGAGAAGGAACUUUGUGAGCCUGGAAAUUAUUGCAGAGCAGGCUCCACCGAUGAGAACAAGUGUUCUUUUCUUUCUCAGUGCCAAGGCGAAGGGAGGAAAUCUCAGAACUUGAAGGGCUCCGGGAUCCUCCUCCUUGUGGUGCUAUUCAUUCUCUUGCUACUCAUCUACAAUUGUUCCGAGCAUUUGCUGCAUAUUCGCCAAAGAAGGAAGUCCAAGGCUCGGGAGGUCGCUGCUCGAGAGGCGCGAGAGCAUUUGACAGCAGUAGAGAGAUGGAAAAGAGCGAAAGAUGCAGCCACGAAGGCAAGGAAGCAUGCAAUAAAAUUUUCGGGCGAGCUCACCCGCCAGCUCAGUAGGAAGAAGUCCAAGGCCGUGUCCGAUGACCCUCGUCCGCAUGGAGCCUCGGGCGGCCAUCGAUCAGGACCUCUCCCUGGACCUCACCUAACCCCCGCUUACAAGCCCAGAGCCGGAGCCCACUCGGGCCCAUUGCCACUCGGAGUGUCUGCACCAAUUCAAGAGGAGAAGGAGAUGAUCGAGCAGGAGUCUCACUUGCUUGCCUUUCCCAACCAUAACCAGGCCCAGCAUGUCACUUGGUCUAACGAUCUCAUCACAUCCGAUUCUCCUGUCAGUCUUGACCUCUAUGAUCCCGUGCACGUCAAUGGCGCAGACGAGGAAAUUGCAUCUGUGGUGAGAGAGUUUGAGCUUCGAGUGGAUUCUGGUCCUUCCAGCUUGCCCCACACCAGGAGUCAAAUUUACAAGUAUGCUUACGGGCAGAUCGAGAAGGAAAAGCAAACCCAGCAGAUGAGAGGCAUGGGUUUGAAGGAGGUCAUCUCCUCAGAUGGCUUCCGUGACAUGAUGGAAGGAGCUGGCAGGUUCCGCAUUGAACUGAGCUUCGUCGACCUUUCUCUCAUCCUCAAGGGCAGUGGAAGGAGAAUUCUGAGCCAUGUCACCGGUAAAUUCAGCCCAUGCCGAGUUUCUGCAGUCAUGGGUCCGUCAGGUGCAGGGAAGACGACAUUCUUGAACGCCUUGGCUGGUAAAGAGACGGGUAGCAGGAUCACCGGCCAGGUCUUCAUCAAUGGACAACCAGGAUCGAUACAAUCGUACAAGCGGAUCAUUGGAUUCGUCCCGCAGGACGACAUUGUCCAUGGAACUUUGACAGUGGAAGAAAACCUCUGGUUCAGCGCGAAAUACAGGCUUCCUGUCGGGAUGCCCAAACGGGAGAGAGUGCUCGUCGUCGAGCGCAUUAUCAACACAUUGGGCUUACACUCCAUUCGAGAUUCACUUGUGGGUACCGUAGAGAGGAGGGGUAUAUCAGGCGGACAACGGAAGCGAGUCAAUGUAGCGAUGGAACUGGUGAUUGAACCAUCUCUUCUGAUCUUGGACGAGCCAACAUCAGGAUUAGAUAGUACUUCAUCACGUCUCGUCCUCCAGGCGCUGAGACGAGAGGCCCUGCUGGGCGUGAAUGUGUGUGUAGUUCUCCAUCAACCCAGCUAUGGACUCUUUCGGAUGUUCGAUGACGUUAUGCUCUUAGCAAAAGGUGGAUUUACGGUCUAUCUAGGACCAGUGGAUGAGAUUGAAGAGUACUUUCAGUCACUGAAUUUUGAGGUACCAGAUCGUAUCAAUCCUCCAGACUACUUCAUGGACGUCCUCGAGGGCGCAGCUGUACCGGAGAGGGACCCAACUUUCGAUGUGACGACUUUACCCGUGCUCUGGAUGUGCCACAAGGGCUACAGAAUUCCCCCUGAUCUACAAGACGGUGACACGCUAAACGGCAAGAAACGGAGGAAGCAGGACGACUCCUCGAGGUUAAUAAAGAAGUCAUUUACUCAAGACGCUUGGGAUGAUCUCAGAGUGUAUGUGGUGGUAACGUGGGAUGCUAUUGAGGGAGUUUUCUCACGCGUAAAGGAUCUGUCUGGUCGACGAACCCCGGGGUUCCUGAGUCAGUAUCGUCUUGUCCUCGGAAGGGUGGCGAAACAAAGGUUUCGAGAGGCCAGAUUAUUUGCUCAGGACUACAUUAUACUGCUCCUUGCCGGUAUAUGCAUGGGAGUAAUGGCAGACUGGACGGAUUCUAAUCUGGGAGCCAAGGGCUACACCUACACUAUCAUUGCCGUCUCUUUACUGGUCAUGAUUGCGUCCUUGAGAACGUUUAGCACCGACAAGUUGAACUUCUGGAGGGAGAGUGCUUCUGGAAUAAACAGACUUUCCUUCUUCUUGGCGAAGGAUACCGUGGACCACUUCAACACCGUCAUUAAGCCUGUAGUUUACCUUUCCAUGUUCUACUUCUUCAACGAUCCGCGAUCCACUUUCGCUUCCAACUAUAUCAUCACCCUGGCCCUCGUUUAUUGCGUCACAGGGAUCGCUUACGUUCUGGCCAUUGUCAUGAACCCAGCACCAGCUCAGUUGUUCUCUGUUUUUAUACCCGUCGUGGCCACUCUGAUCGUCACCGGAUCGAGAACCGGAACAAUGUCGUACAUUGCCGAUAUAAGCUUUGCUGAAUGGGCAUUGGAGGCGUACGUGAUAGCGAACGCUGAAAGGUAUACAGGGGUGUGGCUGAUCACCCGAUGUGGAGUUAUGCGGGACAAAGGCUAUGACAUCAGCAACAAAUAUCUGUGCAUCGGAGUACUGAUAGCGUACGGGAUGGCAGCGAGGAUAAUUGCGCUGCUGUGUCUUCUUAUGUGCAAUAGGAAACGACAAAAGUAGGACGUCCUAGAUCAGCUGUGCAUAAUUUUUGCAGUUUCAAUUGUUUUUCCCUUUAGAUCGCGGAAGUAUCCCCUGUAACAAUCAGCAAAAUGUACAUGAGAGGGGGGUAUCGAUUGUAAUUUAGACGUUGAGUGCGCAUCUUAAGUUGUUUACCUUUUCUUGGAACGAAGAUGUUAUCAAUCCCAUUGGAUUGGAAGUUUUUUCAUCAAUCAUUAAAUUCCGAGCAAGACGAGAAAUC